AUGCGCCUUACCUUUCAACAGUCCAUACAGGACCCAACUGCCUCUGAGGCCAAUCUUGUGAUGGAUCUUGUGAGGGCCAAAUGCGACGUUUAUCAAGCACAGAAGGCAUUGGCGGAUUGUGUAAUGCGGGAGAAUGAGAUGUUGGCAAGCCUGCUGAGAUUCCGUGCCGAAGAGGCGGAGAAGAGGUUGGACGACACAGAUAUGGGAUUGGGGUGCAUGAGAGUUAUGUUCAAGGAAAACGGGUGGACUCAUAUUUCUUCUUUGACUCGAACACCUGGAAGUCAUCUGCAACCCGUAGAAGUUACAGAGUGCGGCCGGCAACUCACCAUCCAGCUUGAUUGA